UGUAGUCACUUUUACUGGAAUCUGUGCAAGAAAUAAAAUUCCCAUUUUCCAGUUACACUCUUUCUAGCAACAAAAAUGGGUAUUAUCUUUGAAAACACAAGUGCGAACUACAGGAAACUUUUCUUAGUCAUUGCACUUCUAGUCGCGCUGUCCGAAGUAGCAACUGCUCAAAGAAAGAUCGAUUGCAGAAAAUUCGUAUUCGCGCCUCCCUGCAGAGGAAUCGCCGCUAAAAGAGAUACACACUCGCAUCCAAGCGAUAUCAGGAUUACUCCUGCAGAUGAUAGUGAUUACAUUAUUGAUGGUCAAAAAGUAGUCUCAAAUGAUAAUUACGCCACCGUCAAUGAGCUCUUAAGAUUUUUAAAAAAGGCAAUGUCGAAAAACCUUGAAUACGACUCAAGCAGUAACGACUUGGCGUAAAUGGAAAUCUCAUGUGGCACUCCUACGAACAGUAUUAAAUGUAUUUUGUUAUUUAUUUCAUAUUUAUUUAUUUAAUUGCUAAACUCAAAUACAAAUAAAA